CGCCGCAACUGCUUUUCAACUUAGGCGCCUUCUUCCCACAGAGAUUGGUUUUCCAGGGGUUUUAAGCACAUAAGCUAUAUUUGUUUAUUCAGCUACAGAAAUGGGUUGUUGUUUGUCUUUUCCUCGAAGAAAAGGUACAUUGGACCAGGAGACUUUCCGGCUCAAUGAAGUUGCGGGAAAUGUAAAAUUAUUCUCUUAUGAGGAAUUAAGAUUAGCCACCGGGGACUUUAGCCCAGGCAACAAAGUUGGAAAGGGAGGCUUUGGAUCUGUGUAUAAGGGAAAGCUUUCGAAUGGGACUAAUGUUGCUGUGAAGGUGCUCUCCCGUGAGUCAACUCAAGGAGCAAAGGAGUUCUUAUCAGAGAUCGCCGCAAUCUCAGAUAUAGUGCAUGAAAACCUUGUCAAGUUGCACGGGGUCUGCAUGGAAGGAGAUUACAGACUACUCGUCUAUAAUUAUCUCGAGAACAAUAGUCUCGCUCAAACUCUUCUUGGUGCAAACCGCAGUAACAUUCAGUUUAGCUGGAAAACGAGAUGUAAAAUCUGCAUUGGUGUUGCGCGUGGACUCGCAUUUCUUCACGAGGAAGUUGUGCCUCACAUCGUUCAUCGUGAUAUCAAAGCAAGCAAUAUUCUUCUUGACAAAGAUCUCACUCCCAAGAUAUCGGAUUUUGGGCUAGCAAAACUAUUGCCUCCAAAUGCAACCCAUGUCAGCACCCGAGUUGCGGGAACAGCAGGAUACUUGGCACCUGAGUAUGCUAUCCGCGGGCAGGUUACACGAAAGUCAGAUGUUUACAGCUUUGGAGUUCUUCUGUUGGAAAUAGUUAGCGGCCGAUCGAAUACAAACACAAGGCUGCCUUUUGGAGACCAUUUUCUUCUGGAUAGAGUUUGGACACUUUACGAGAAAGGAGAGCUCGAGUCAAUCAUCGAUGCGAUACUGUCUGAUGACCUCGACAUCAAGCAGGCAUGUUUAUUCCUAAAGGUUGGCCUUCUGUGCACCCAAGAUACCUCAAAGCUUCGUCCCACGAUGUCCACUGUUGUAAAGAUGUUGAUCGGCGAGGUGGACAUCGAGUCAACUCAGAUCACCAAACCCGGCCUUGUUUCAGAUUUCAUGGAACUGAAGGUUUUGAGGAAGAAGCCAAAUGACUUGUUGCUAUCAUCAUCUUCCACCUCCUCAUCAAAUCCAGAAUCUUCAGGGAACAACACACACGGUUCAUUGACUUUCACUGCUAUUGAGAACCGAGAGUAAGACAUCAUAUCUAUAUAUAUAUGAUUAUGAUAUCCAUGUUUUGUAUGUUUAGUGAUCCCUUUAUUCUUUAUGUUAUGUGCAUUAGGUUUUUUAUUAUUUUAGAUAGAGGCGAUAGGCUUGUAUAAACCCAUGAACGUAAGUUGGUAUGGGUAACUGUAAAGAAACAGGUUAAGUGAUCCAUUUUUAUUGUUGAUUUUGUAAUA